AUGGCAAGCUGGAAGAUAUUCCCCGAGCCUUCAGGAGAUGUCGACGUUGAGUACACGCCUUUCCUGCAAAGUCGCAAGUUCUUUGCCGUAGACGACUCUGGCUCGACAGCAGGGACUGUCCUUCGACGGGAGCGCGCCUUCGUAGAUCAAUUUCGCACCAUUUAUGCAAACCGCGACGACACUAUCUCUCUCUGGGGCUCUCGCUUCGAGGCCAUCAGCUGGAGGUCACAGCAUGGAGGCACGACACCGUCUCAGAUUUUCCAUGAUCAAGGCGCGCUCAACGCAAUCAAGCGCUCGGAUGUUUGGUUUCUUUUGACUGAUGGGGAGAUCUGGGAGCAAGAUGUACAUCAGCUUGCCAAGAUCGCCCAAGAUCGCGAUGUGCUCAAUAUUCCGCUGGUAUUCUUGAUCACCGGAAGUCCGGGGAAGAGCCCUGGUACCGCCAAUAUAUCAGUCGGUAUCUCAUUCUUCGCUAGCUCAGAGGACACGUUGAUUCUCUUCAAGGAAAUCAGUACUGGAAGAAUAUAUGUCAUCGCAGGGAAAGGGUGUUUCGCCGCGCUCGGUGGGUCGGCAGCCGCACAGAACCUUGAGAGCUGGGACGAUCUGCAACUUUUCGGCGACGAGACAUCGUUCUUCAAGGAGUACAAGAAGCUGGAGGUCCAAGUUAUCAAGGCUGAAUUUCGACCAGAGUCUGCAAAGGGAAUUGCUCUUGGUACAGACUGGGAGGAGCGACAGCAUGGACCCGUCCGUGUCGACUUGGAUCUUCUUCCCAAGGCUGGUGUGCUCUCCAAGGACGAUCUGUGUGAUCUCCUUGCAGACAACACUUUUGACGCCCUAUCGGUGGCCUAUAAGACGCGCAGUCGUAUUGCAGAGCUCAGAGGCUUUCUUCAGAAGCAAAAGAUUGAGCAGGUUGCGCCAAAGCUGGAAGACGUGGCUGGAGCUGGAGCCCUCAUAACGAAGAUGGGAGAUGUCAAGACUACGGCUCAAGAGCGUGUAAAGCUUCAGGAACGCCUAAGAGCUGCACAUGCGAAGAACCGCGAUCACUACCAGAAAUCAACCACAGACUUUAUAGGGUCGGAGCAGGAAAUAGCCCUGAAGAAGCGCAACCAGCUUGUCGAUGGAGCGCUGAGGACACUGGCAGCCAUCGAAGCCGCUGGCUUUAACGCGGAGAUAUUAUCGCGAAAGAGCAACCGAGCUCGACGAGCUGAUGUGAUUGAGACAGCCACUACGGUAGAUAUGAUGAAGCUUGACCUCGAUGCGCCAGCAUACAAGGGCUUCUGCCAGAUCUGUUGCGACGAGGAAGUCAUCAUGUCGAUAUGUUUCAAAGAGAUGGAAGCAGACAAAGUCGAGGACAACACUACUGACUUUGCUCUCAACUUUCCUCUCGCAGCAGGCGCAUCAGCGAAGAACGUCGGACUUAUCUCUAGCCAGAACAUCUGCUUCCAGUGUGCGGUACUUUCGCCUUCGAGUAGGUCGAUAUACCAUGAGCCUCUGACUGCCGUCAUUCCUGCUCUGAAGUACGAUGGCAGUAAUAAAAAGUACAUCAACGAACAACUGUACUUGGCUUUGACUGCGAAGCUGGCAACUGGAGCGGCAGGCAUAGCGCAGCUUUUCAUGUCCAUACUUCUUGAACUUAUCAACACCAGAGCCUGGGCAGGAUCUGAUAUGAAUGAGGUCCAGCUAUCAGACAACGCGUAUAAGGAGAUCAGACAGCGACGAGAAACCUUUGAAUGGAUGCUCAAUCAGCUCUUGAAGAACACUUUCACCCGGGAAGAUUUCAAAGAGACAGGAGAUUGGGUCCGCUACCCACAAGCACUAGAAUGGGUAGCGAAGGAUUUCGAGACUAAUGGCCUUGCAAGCUUUGCUGUGACGUAUCCUGCGCUUGGCUUCAAUGUCCUCUUGGAGCUUAGUAGCCGUGUCGGAAAACUUACAGUAGAACAGGCUCAGAGGAUGAGGGCGGCAAAAGUCAUCCACUCCAUUGCCUCCAAGUACCUCGUUGACCUCCAAAUCGCACUCCAGAACAAGCUCCCAGAUACGCAGUGGAAGCAAAAGUACCUCGAAGUUAUCUACAAGGACUUCAACGGCACUCUCACACCCAAGGAUCAAAACAAGGCUUCUCUAGUCACAGACUCCGAAACUUUCAAGCAGCACCUCUCAGGCUGCAUCCAAGAAGUCGACGUCGAGAUCAACGACAACACCAUGCGCAAGAUCCAACUUAUACUAUACUGGCUCCUCUUCACGCAAAAAGGCCACUGCACAGCUCAAACAUUCUUCACUCGCAUGCGCGACGCCGAACCCCUCGCCACCACCGUCCUCUCCGUCCAAUCCCCCCUUCCAGCCCUCGCGCACUACGACACCCUACUCUCAAUCUUCGCCAGCCACAACGCGCACCUCAUAAAUGCCAAACUUACAGCAUGCCACGUAUCCGCCGUCGUCCCCUUCGCCAAUCCCUUCGGCGCCUCAGUCCUGCAUUGCGGCGCGUGCGACUUCAAGUUCACAAACGUCACCAAGGCAAACCAGAUGUCGGAGAAAAACGUGCAGAAACUCCGCCACGAGCGGGCGAAGCAUUUAAUUGCUGUCUUUGGCCUCGCGAGCCGGUUUGAGAAGUCGACGACGGGCCUGCCGGAACGUACGAGUCCGCCUACUUCUCUGCAUUUUAAUUUGCAUAUGAGUAUUGUCAGGGAGUGGGAGGGGCUCAGUACGGAGCUGCGCAAGGAGGUUGUUACGGAUGAGCGCGCGAAGGAGGAUUUCGUUGGGGCGGUAAGGAAGAGGUUGUGUAGUGAGGGAAGGGGAAAUAUCCAUCAGGAUGAUUUGGAUAAGGAUACUCGCGCGUUAUUGCCGAGUUUCUUUCGGAUAUUGAAGCGCGCGCUGGAAGGCGAGGGAAAGAAGGAGAUGGAAGUAUGGGAUUUUGAAUUUGAUCGUGAUAAGGGUGGGGUGGGGGAGAAGGCGCGGUGGGAGUUGGAAAUGGGGAUGGCGGAUGGGGUGAAGGUCGGGGACGGAGAGGCAUUAGAGGAGUGGGAGUUUGCUUGA